AUGGAUCCACUCGACCUUAUUCGAACACCUUUAUCGUGGGGUUUGGUGCUUCUUGGGAUCCUUUUUUGUGCCUUCAAUCGAGAUCGGAUACGGAAGAGUCUCAAGCAGCCUAUUUUCCGUUCAAGAAUCACAACGUGCCAACCCGAGAAAGCUGCGCCCGAAUACUCAGAAGAUGCAUACUACAGCAUUGAACCCCUCCACAACUUCGACGUCGAUAAGGAAGAGCCACUCAAGAUUCGCCCUUUCAAGCCAAAGUUUCACAUGACGAUGGCUAUCGAAAACACGACGCUCUCCGACCUAGUCGCAAUGGACAAGACAUAUCGAGACAGACUCAAGAUUCGCUCAGAACUAAUCCAACAGGAGCGCCAUGAAGUCCUCGCCUGUAACCCCAGAGCCGUGCCUGCCGUACUAGAACUUUACACCUGGCUCACCUGCACAUACCUACCCACACGCUUCCCCUUACUCUUCACGCCCACGGGUCCCCAUCUACAGAACAACAUCACCGGCGCCCUUCUACCACUGCACAUGUCCAAUGCAGAUGCUGCACUUCAGCUCCUAGGCGAGAACAUCGACGACGAAUUUCUCUUUCUCUUACCAUCCGACGCGCUAGAAGACAAGCGCAAGUACCGCCUCGAAGCCUUUGUAAACUGCUUCCCAUCGGGCUUCAACACGCGGGCUAAACUCGGUCUCCUCCUUGCUGACAUACACACACCCGUGCCGGGGUAUGCGCAGAAGCUGGAGAAGAGCAUGGAUCGAUUCUUCGCUGCGCUGCCGGUUGGCAGGAUAGUCAAGCGGUGCAAUUGGAGUAUCAGCACGAAUGGACAGUUGUUCUGUCUCAAGGGGAAUCACAUGUCUGAAGCGGAACUCGCGGCUAAGGAGAAAGAAGAGGGGGGUAUGGAGGAGAUUGACUUGACAAAGACCGUGUUGAGGUGUGAGAGGCAGACACUGCAUCGCUUGCCGGAAAGUAGGGCUUUGGUAUUUGCUUUUAAAACAUACCUAUAUCCGAUCCAAGAGCUUAGAGAUGAAGGUAGCGGGGAGGUACUCGCGGAUGCCAUUGAUGGGUUGGGGCUGGGCAGUGUGCCCGGGAUGAAGGUAUACAAGCGUCAAGUCGUGUGGGGAGAGAAGGUAAAAGCAUUUCUGAGAGGGGAGAUUACUGCCUAA